ACCACCUAUUCAUUCCCCGUUCGAUUAAUUCCCAAUUUCCACACACACAGGCACGCGCACCUUCCCCGCACCAGACCGCACCGCAGCCAGGCAACUAACACCUACCGGCCGCGCGGCGCCAUGGGCGACGCCAUGGCCCUGUCGAGCUCUAACUCCAAGACGGCGGAGCUGGACGCGCCGCUCCACGCCCUCGGAUUCGAGAUCGAAGAGGUCUCGCCGUCGCGGAUGACCGGCCGCCUCGUCGUCACGCCCAUCUGCGUCCAGCCGUUCAAGGUGCUGCACGGCGGCGUGUCGGCGCUGAUUGCCGAGGGGCUGGCCAGCAUGGGGGCGCACAUAGCCUCGGGCUACAACCGCGUCGCCGGCAUGCAGCUCAGCAUCAGCCACUUCCGGAGCGCCGCCGUCGGGGACACCAUCCUUGCGCGUGCCGUACCCGUCCACAUCGGCCGCUCCACCCAGGCUCAUCAUUAUCGUACUCCCCUGCAUAGGCUUGCUUCGCCAAGCAAAGAAUGGUGCAUGAACCGGCUGAUCAUCAUCGUUCUUGGACAUGAUAGGAGGUUUAAUAUCAUCCUUCUCGGCAAUGAUAGGAGCAGGUUCUUUACUCUCAGUGGUCACACCAAACCAUACAAUUUUUGUGCUAGAACAUCUAUCAAACAAUUCAGCAAUCUCUGAUUCAGAAAUUAGCUGGGCAGUCUCAUCUGCAGCAGGUCCGUACCAAAUGGUCAUUCUCUGAUCAUUAGACCACAUGAACUUCUCCUCCAAGGCAGCAUUUAUUUGCACCACCGACAAGUUCCGGCCUGCCAUUAAAUCCCAUGUUUUCCCCCUUGUGUACACUCUUCUGCCCUCUUUAACUUUCAAAUAAGAUAGGACAUCUAUUUCUACUUUGAAAUCAUCCAUCAAAUCGACUCUGAAACACAUAAACACAGCAAAUUCUAAAUUUGCUGCAGUUGCAAUAAUACUGGGAACAAACAGGGGAAAAACAGAGGGGCGGCUCACCAGGGAAGGGUUCCUAUGGAGGUGUGCCGGAGCUUUGCCACACGGCCACGGUCAUAGGGUGGCGGGUGACGGGCGGAGGGCGUCGAGCCACGCGGCCACGGUCGGACAGCGACGGGCGGAGGGCGUUGGGCGAUGAGCGGCCAUGGGCAGAGGGCGUCGAGCGGAGGGCGGCGCGCGGCGGGCGAAGGGCGGCGGAAGAACCGUCAGAGGGACAGAGGGACAGGGGAGCUGCAGGGAGGGAUUUGGAGAGGAGUGAAUGAGGAUAAGAUUUUAUGGGGUAAUUUCGGAUCUGACAAAGAACUAACGGUUUGACUCAGUGUCUCUUGACAACGAACGGCAGUGGUGUUUUGGCUACAAAAAAACUGAAGUGAGUGUUAUUUUGGCAAGUUAGUUUUCACUAGUGGUAUUUUUGCAUGUUCGGUUUGCACUAGUGUUAUUUUGGCUAUUCUCUCUUUUCUAUAACUUAGUCCAAGACUUGAAUUUUUUUAACAUCCUCUCUAGUUUUUUUUGAGGGGAUUAACAUCAUCUCUAGUUGAUCAAGCUGAGCUACAACAUAUCUGAGUAUUGUCAUUUCCUGUAGAUUCCCUUCGAUUCAGUUCGGCUUGUAGUAGCCUGAUAAUUACUGCAUCUGGAUGCAUUUGUAUUAGCCGAACCGAUGCUAGUUAUUAUCGUAUAGUAGAAAGUAUUUAUUCUGGUGGCCAGUGCUAGUGUAAACUAUAAACCGUCCUAGUGAUUUGAAGUAUGCUACAGAUAGUACAUCACAUUGUUUCUCUGAACUGUAUAACUGGGUUUCAGUUAUCAAAUCUGCUGGUUCAAACUUAGAUAUUUGUGAACUAGCUAGCGAGUAUAACAUGCCUGGCAUAAAUAAAUCACAACUUGGUCUGUCCUUAGGAGAAAUAUAAUGCAACGUAUUCCCAUGUCAGCAUUAAACACCUGACAACUAGUCUAAGCGCAUUAACAUUGCGAGAAUUGUUAAAGACAUCUUCUGUAUGUGCUUAUCACUAUCAAAUCUCAAAGAAGAAAGGUGGCUAUAAAUUAACCAAAAAAUGCUUCUGCUGAAA